AUGUAUCCAGUGCUCUUUAGGAACACUACAUGUCUCGUGUAUGAUGCGUGCAAGUUUUCAGCCAAAGGAUAUGCUCAGCAACCGGAAAGAGGCAAUCACACAUUCUACAAGAUGCCGGACCGUCCUCUCACCACCGACGCGGAAGAAAGCAUCACGAUGCAUACGGAUUGUUUCAAGUUGUGCCACCAGGCGUUUAAAAGCUAUACGCGCGACUCCUCAUACAAGGGUGACCCCAAAGAAGAAUUCAGACGCCUAUGGCUAGCCGCAACUUGGCGAUAUGCUUGGAAAAGCAUGCCACCUCUCAAGUUGCCGAGCCAUAGUACUCUUAUAGACCCGUCUCCUAGCCUUAUAAGCAAGCUCUGUGGCUUCAAGAAGGAGUUUCUUCCAGAGAUUGCCGUGCUCAUCCAGAGCUAUUCGCAGUCCAGCAUACUCUGGAGAUUUGACGCUACACUUCAGCUUGUGGAGGAGCUGAGUCUUGCUACAGCAGAUGACGCCGUCACCUGCUCGCUUUCCAAAGUGCUGUGCUGGUCUCGCAAUGGCUCUCCCAGAUUUGUGCAGGACGAGCUUGCUGACCCUUUUGUUUGUCUCGCAAUUGACUCUCAAGGCAUCAGGUCGAUAGACAGAGUAUCUGAGCUUUCAGCAACUUUGGCGGCCCAAAUGUCCAUUCACCCCAAUGUACUAUUAAUAGAGCCGGUGGAGGCAAUAAAGUCAAUUGACAUGGAAUUCAAGCUCGGGAGAAGUCGCUUACGCCUCCCCACUACAGCAAGUCUCAACGUCUGGAGCGCACCGCUGCCUGUGUCGAAUCUUUUAAACAUCAAAAACCAUGAGCGCGAUGCAGCCUCGGCCUCAUCUGCAUCUUUGUCUUCCCAUCUCGUCGCUACCAGCUUGGAUCCACGCUAUUGUACGGGAAUCUCCUUGUUCGUCACAGCUACACCAGGUAGUAAAAUAGUCGGUAUAUAUGGACACAGUCAUCGCGAAUCGCGACACCCAGAGACGUUUGAGUAUAUGACCUCUUUUCACGGAUGCCGGCUUAUUUGGAUAUACAUUCCUCUUGCUACCAACGACAAAAUCCAUGGUAUUGGUGUCAGGCGUAGCGCUCCACUACGCGAGCCACACUCCAUCACAUUACAAAUGACCUCUGGACAAUACAUUGUUGGCAUUCCACCAACAAAGGCCCCCGUCUAUGAGACAUUAUAUAUAGCAGGGCAGCAACAUCUUACACUCAUUCAUAGCAGCCCAAGCAACAGUGGCAUCUCAGUCAUUAAAGCUGAUGCUGAUCAUCAGUUUAAAUAUUGUGGCAUCCCUUCGGAUGGACCGCCCGUGCCUGCUGCAUGCUCGUCUUCAGCGCCACUAGAGAAUAUCUCAAGCAUCCACGUCUUUACGGAUGAGUCAACUAGACUAUGCAAAGGCUUACUGAUUGAGUAUAACGAUGGCUUGAAGAGAUCUCUAGGGCAGUGCCGCCUAGGCAUGGAUUCUGUCCAAAGUUAUAAGAAGCCAUCAAGCAUAUCACAUGCUAGUACCUAUCAGCCGACAUGUGAAAGGCAUCUGGUGCCAUGCAAGGGUGUACACGUUAUUUUUGACUCUCAGAAUCAUCAUUAUGGUGAAGAUGAAGGGUUAAUAUGGGAGCAUUAUGAGAUGAAAGGGCAGUUAUACUUUUGGUUUACGAUGCAUGAGGUUUAUUUGAAGGUCUCUCAAGAUUAG